CUCAGUCGCGCUUGAUAGUUCGAAGCGUAAUGAGUCUCGUGGGCGCCCUCGGCGCCCUCCUGCUCGUCGCCAACGUUCCUGCCGGCCUCGCCGUCAGGGGACUGUCGCUUCCCGUGAACCGAGCCAGCGUCUUCAGGGUGGAGGGUUACACAGACUUCCGGGAGGAGGCGAACAGACACGACUGUGGAAAUUAUCACACCCAGUACAUGGAGAACGAAGGAAAAUGCGGCGUCUGCGGCGACAACUACGCCCUUGAUCGGCCCCGCCCGAACGAGCACGGGGGGAAAUUCGGCCGCGGAAUCAUCGUCCAAACCUACCAAGCCGGCUCCAACAUUUCCGUCAUCAUCGAAACGAACAUGAACAGCUACGGUUUCUUCGACUUCGCGUUAUGUCCGAUGGCCCACCCGGAGGAGCCACUCUGGACCGGAAAUCGACUCGAAACCGAAGAAUGCUUCGCUGCACACAAACUUCGACUCGCUCAAACUGCUGCUCGGUACGAAUACGAGGUGACGGACUUCCAGCGAGUGAGCUACACCCUCGGGCUCCGCCUCCCUCGCAACUUGACCUGCCGACACUGCGUGCUCCGCUGGCAAUUCACCGGCGCCUACCCCUGGCCCUGCAAGGACGGGACCGCCAGUCCGGACUGCGGCAACCAGGAAGUUUCUCGCACUUGUUCCGACAUCAGGAUUCAAUGAAUUUCUUUUAUGGGGAAGAAUGGGCUGGACGGGGGGGGGAUAGAAAUACAGUAA